AUGGAUCGAUCUCCUCCUCUAUUAGAACUUCACACAACUACGAAAAAGCUGCCACCGUCGGAAGGGAUGGAAAACAAAGUCACCGUCGUGUUUGAAACCGUUAUUGACUAUAUCCAUAAUGAUCCGGUCACCGGAAGCCAAACAUUAAUCGGAUCCAGUCCCGACCAUUCACUCUUCUUUGCCAUCAACUUUAGCACCGCUAGCACCUGUCCCAGUCACAUCAGUGAUCUCAUCAUACGUUGCCUCUUGAAUUAUUAUCCUUCGACAAUAGAAAGCUUAACCACGCGCAUCGGUGGGAAUGCUUGGACAUGGGGUAGCUUAGCCUGCCGUAUAGCUUCUGCUGGACUUCGCUUAGGUUUCGGCUUUGAAAUAAACCUGCUUUUGACUACAACACACCAAAGAAUACUCUCGGUUGGGUCGUCUCCUUCUCUUCUUCGGAAGUUGGUUUUUAAAGGAAGAAUCGAUGUAGAGGAGCUGGAGAUACUGAAGAUGGGAAAAGAACCGUGUUCCAUCUGUUUGGAAGAUCUCUCGUGUGGUGGUGGACCUGGUGGUGUUCCAACGCGCAUGCCAUGUUCGCAUGUUUUUCACAUCCGUUGUCUCUUGAAGUGGUUCAGCCGCAAAAGUACUUGUCCCAUGUGCCGGGGACUUGUGUUGUCCCAUAUGACGAAGAAGCAACAUAGGGAGGGACAAUAUGAGGUUUUUAAUUAA